UUGGAUUGGUAUACGAUUACGAUGGCUAUCAAAGCGUCUAUCCCACCAGCUGUGCUUGUAUGCGCUAUUCAGUCUAAUAGUUGGAUCAAUCACUUCAAGACAAAUGCCUAUUUAGCUCCCAUUACAUCUACUUGUGUUCUGCCUGCUCUCCCUCGGGCAAUGCUGAUUACACAUAAUAUUCGACUCACUUUCUGCCUUGUUCUAUCCUAUUGCUGGGCACUGCUUGCUGGCUGGUGUGGUGUUCAAGCUAGACAACACACUACGCACGAUAUUAACGAUCUAAACGCCUACAACUCCUCAGCAGAAGCGGUUGUUGCCAUUUUCUUGAUAUUUUGCAUUUGGUGCGUGUUUACACUAAGAUCUGCAUUUCCUAGUUGGGGCCUCCAGUGCACCAUGGCUGGGAUUUUCACAGUCGCAACACUGCCAAAUAUAGCUCGAGCUCCCAAUAUGUCAACAGUUAUCGACGAGACUAACAUUAUUUUGGAGUCUUUCCUGGUGGGGCAGGCUGUUGGCUUCGUUAAUGCACUCAUAUUGUUCCCACAAAGCUGCAGAGGGGUUUUCAGGAAAGAUAUGGGAGCCUGUCUUGAUGAAUUGGUAGCUGUCACACAGGCACAAAGGAAGUGCAUGGAAUAUAUCUUGAUAAAAAGAUUCUCCACAGGAGAAGAAACGACCAGCAUAUCAUCUAUUAGCCAGCUUGAGGCUGCCUUGCAACGAUUUGUCAACGCUGUCGCCAAGAUUGGCCGGGAUGGCGAGUACGCGGCCCGUGAGAUAUCUUGGGGUAUCCUUGAUCAUUCGCGGCUAGAGGAAAUUUCUUCUUUGUUGGUCGAUCUGAUACCACCAGCAUCUGGUUUAAGUUCAGUGGCAGAUUUGCUGCAACUACAUAUCGAUGGAUACAACGACAUGAACGGCCAUUGUGAUACGAACAAUGAUUUAUCAGUUGAAGAUGACUGGCAACAUCUUGAAGCAGCAAUGGACCAGUAUUCAAGAAAAAUGUCCGAGGAAAUCAUUCGAGGAAUUGAACAUGCCAAACUUCGAUUGCAACUUACUAAGGGACAUUCCCCCUUCAACAGAUGUCGCGUGCGAAAAGCCGACGAGGAGCACCAGGGUGUUACCUCAAACCCGGGGGAUGUUGGUUAUCUCGAGUCAUAUCGCGACGUGUUUAACAAGAACCAUAUGCUUAGCCAAGACAGCAAUAGUAUGACUAACAACAAGCUACUUGACUGCUUCAUUCAACAUAGGCCACAAGUGGGAAACCUGAGCCAAUAUACCUCUGAAAUGCAUUCGAGCACUUUACGUUAUUUCUUAUUCCUUCAUUCUCAAACCAUCCUCUCGUCUUUGGGGGAAGAACUACUCAAAUUGCUUAUUUAUCUCGACGACUGUUAUACACAACCUAAGAGGUUACUUAUCCCAUAUUUCCUUCGCCCGAGCUAUUGGGUCGGAAAACUUGUUCGCCUGAGUGAUUUCCGACGAGAUGGCAGCGCUCAGAAUACAGAUACACAACCAAACUUCAAACUCGGUUCCGCAUUUUACAAUCCAAAAAAUCCCGACCACCUCCCGCCUACUAACCUUAUGGAAACCAUGGGAGAUUAUAUGCGUAAAAUCUGUGCCGGCUUUCGUAGCGACCAUGCUGCUCAUGGACUUCGAGGUAUAUGCGCCAUCAUGACCAUAGCUAUCAUUGCGUUCCUUCAUGAUUCGCAGGAUUUCUAUUUCGCACAAAGGUUUCUCUGGGCACUCUUUGCUAUAUUACUCUCUAUGGCCCGCACUGCUGGAUCAUCUACGUUUCUAUUAAUAGGUCGGGUAUUGGGUACAAUAGCCUCAAUGGUAACGAGCUACAUCAUCUGGUAUGCGGUCGACGAAAAAACUCCUGGUAUAUUGAUCCUCCUCUGGUUGUGGUUCAUUGUCAUUGGCUACUUAUUUGUUAAGUUCCCCGAUUUCUUCAGUAUCUGGUUUGUUGCUCUCAUUGCCUCAAUUGUAAUGAUAGCAAACGAACUCCAAACUCGCAAGUUAGGAAAAGAAGUCGUUUUGCAAUCGGGACAAGCUGUCUAUGCGCCGUAUAUAAUAUUUCCCUAUAGGCUUGCCGUCGUAACACUUGGCGUCGGCACAGGUUAUUUCUGGACAGUUUUCCCCUACCCUCUCUCUGAACAUUCCGAACUACGCCAAAUUAUAGCCAAAACCAUGUAUGAGCUAGCUCACUACUACAUGUGCAUUCAACAGACAAUCAUCGCUCGUCUCCAUGGUAAUUUCGGCGACCUUGGUGAUAAGACAAGCCCCGGGUCCCAUCUCCAGGCCGCCCGCCGCCGCAUUUUUCACAAAUACCAGGCUCUGAACACCAGGUCCAAGACGAGCUUCCAGUUCCUGGACUGGGAAUUUGCGCUUGGUGGGCGAUUCCCAAAGCAGACUUAUGGUGAAAUGCUCUCUAUCCUCGAGCGACUUGGAAGCUACAUGACUCUUGCAAGCUAUGUAUCCCGUGAAUUAAAGGUUCCAGAUGCAGCCUCAUCAUGGUGGGCCAACGACCCAACUGGUACAGCUGAAGCUCAUUUGACUCCAGACGGCAUCACGGCGAGAAUGAUCAUAUUACAUUCUGCAUUGAGUCGGGCACAUCCGCUGCCACCGGAGUUG